AUGUCGUUUUUGAAAAUAGCAGCUCAUUCAUCACCAUCACUUCUUUCCAGUUCAUCCACACAUGCAGCGCCAACCGCACCAUUCAUCGAAAUCAGUUCAACGUCCGGUCUCACAGCUCAAUUCAUACCACUUGGCGCAACGUUGACGUCACUUUUCGUUAAGGAUCGUUAUUCAAAUCCAGUAGAUGUGGUGUUAGGUUUCAGCGAUGUUAAAGACUACAAGAAAGAUACCGCCUACAUUGGACGAACAGUCGGCCGAAUUUGCAACAGAGUCGGUAAUGGUCGCUUCACAUUUGACGGCAAACAAUAUGAACUCCCCAUCAACUGCCCACCUCAUAAUUUACAUAGUGGUCCUCAAGGAAUCGCUUUGAAAGAAUGGGAAGUUGUUCGCCAAACGCCAACAUCUGUUACAUUCAGAAUGUGGACGGAUGAAGAAAAGGAUGGAUUACCUGGAGAUGCUAAAAUAGAUGUCACCUACACCGUUAAUGACCGAAAUCAACUCGUGAUCGAACAUGGAGCCACCUGUACCGCUCCGGGUGUUUUGAAUCUCACCAACCAUAGUUACUGGAAUCUGGAUGGGAGGGAAACCGUAAAAGAUCAUCUUCUUCAUUUUCAUGCUAACAUGUAUCUUCCAACGGAUGAAAACAACUAUCCAACAGGUGACAUUCUACCUGUGCAAGGGACCAAAUUCGAUUUUAACGAGCAAAAAAAUCUCCGAUCCUUAUGUGAUGCUGACGGUAACAUUGAUAUUGACAACGAUAUAGUAGUGAGCACAGAAGGGCAACCAAUGCGAAUACUAUCUCCUGGACAUCUCUCGUUAGCUCCAACAUUGGACAUACAGCUGCGUGAUGGGAACACUCGUUAUGUAUGUCAGCUGUAUGUCCAAUGCCGGAACAAACGCAUGACGCGCUUCUCCUUGGGCAAUUUAUGCCCCCUCUGCAGUUCUCCCUGA